CUUCAACUAUAUCAUGCACAUUCUCUUAUUACACUUCUUCAAGGGCUUUCUCCUUCAUUUCGUACUAAUUUUAAAGUCUUGCAAGACUUUAUUGGUGCACACCAUCCAUUCGAGACCAUACCUGUCAAUACUUGUUUUCCUGCCUAUCCAUGGAUUGCUAGGCAAUCCAAACAUAUUUAUGAUAUGGGCCGUGCAACUGAAAUAUAUUUGAAUUUCGGUAUGGACGCCGUUGACUCGCUCCGAGACUGGAAUGAUGAGUUUCAAUCUCAACGUGAAUACCCAAGGGUCGAGUUAAGAGAUCGGGUGUUACGCGAAAGACUUAUUAAUAAAAUUCAGGCCGAUUUCACAGAGAGUGCUGUCAAGGGUGCCAUUGCUGUUAUUAAUGGUAAUGUCAUUCCUUUUAAUCCUCGUGAUCCCGAGGACGAACACAUUAAAGCGUUUGAUACAAGAGGGACAUUUUCAAAACUUGGUGGGAACGAUGCUGCACAUGUAGCCACCGGAAAAGACAUGGAAGGAAUACGAACUGUGAAUUCUAUUGACAUAGAAGGGUUAUAUACACUUGGUUGUGUUGUUAUAGAUUAUAAGGGUGUCCGCAUAGUUGCGCAAACUAUUGUACCAGGAAUUUUCAGGCGUCAAGAUGAUUCUUCUAUUGUAUACGGUUAUUUUGACAAUGGACGUGACAAUCCGAAAUUAUGUGCUAAUGCGGAGUUCCACGAAAUAGUAGGGAAAGCUGCAAAAGCACUUCAUCUUGAAGAACACAGCGUUUGUGAUGCAAAAGGAACAACAGUUAAACUUUACACUUCUUUGGAAACAAAGGGCUUGAUGGGUGACGAUGGACGGCGGUACUUGUUCGAUCUGUAUCGCCUUAAUCCGGUUGAUAUAGAAUUUAUAGAAAAAGAGUGCGAGCCUAAGGAAGGGAGCGAUAUCCCCACCUAUCCUCACAGAUUGGCGCUUCUUAGACCAGAAUUGAUAGAAUCAUAUUGGGAUUAUAGAUUCCGGUUGUGGUUGCAAGAUAAAGCCAAAGAAAAAGAGGCUGGCGAUUCGACUAAGGAAGCAACAAUCACCGAAUCUGAUGAGUUUAAUUUAGCUUUUAAUCCGGAUGCAUUUACAAAUUUUAAUACGCCGACGGGAGAGGAGCAUGCAGCACGCAAGGCUGCUGAUGAAGAAAAUGUGCGGAAUGCAUCAAAAUAUUUGAGAGAUACGGUUAUUCGGAUGUUGAUUAUAGAAUUUACUACCCUAGCUGUAUCCCCUGUUGACGGAAUAUCCCUCACUACAACGAUGCACCGUCGGGGAAUCAAUAUGCGGUAUUUGGGAAUGAUUGCUAAUAUUAUUAAUGAAUCACAGGAUCACAAAUUAGAUCAUGUAAAGCAUCUUAUUAUACAUGAAAUGAUAAUUCGAGCAUCAAAACGCAUCCUUCGUGGUCUUCUUCGCCAAAUCACGAAUACGUACAUCCCAUAUUGUGUUUCACAUUUUUUGAAUUGCUUAUUAGGCACAGAUGUUAAUAUAAACCCCCAGCCUUUAGUACCAGACUCCACUACUAGUAAUAAAAACCUUGAAUAUGAUUACCUGACCCUUACACCAUCGUCACUUUGCCAACAAAUUCACGAAACGGUACUUAUACGUUACCGUUAUCGACUUCCCGAAGAUUUCAUUAAUGCUCACGUUCGCAAAUUACCGUUGCUUAGAGAGAUAUGUCUACGAGUGGGUGUACAAAUUGCAGCUCAAGGAUAUAAUUUUCUGAAAAAGAAGUCCAAAAAGAGGGUUACUACAUUUGUACCUGAUGACAUACUAAACCUUAUCCCAACAAUCAAGCAAGCAACACCCAAAUGUGCUUUUGCCGAAGAAACUUUUGAAACCGGAAAACUUAGUAUAGCACAAGGCAAUAGAGAUCUUGGUGUUGAUCUCAUGCUACAAUCGCUUGCAUUACAUGAGCAAAGUUAUGGGUUUCUACAUCCAGCAACAGCAAAAUGUUAUUCAGCGUUGGCUAU